UGCAGACGGUUCAACGAGAAGCUCAACCUCAGCACACGUCUCUGCAUUUCAACUGCCUAGUCAAAGUAAGACAGAAAAUAUGGGGGAAAUUAACCAAUGCCUGAAAAUUGUCUUCAUCGUCUUCAAUUCUUUGUUUACAUGUUUUGGAGGCAUGUUGAUCUACGGACUGAUUAAGCUCAGUUCCAGCAACUAUGAGAUGGAAGGGAUUGACACCCCGAGCAUCAUCUGGGUCUGGGUGUUUGCCAUCUGCACUGUCCUGAUCUCCUUGCUGGGGGCCCACGCUGCGCGCACCGAAAGCAAAUGUGGCCUCAAACUUUUUGCAGCUUUGAUGGGGAUAGCAAUGCUCCUCAUGCUAUUCUUUGGAAUUGCUGGCAUUGUUUUAAAAAACAAGGAGAUGGAAAAGUUUCGAGACCCUGAAACUGCCAAGGAGUUAUUGAAAGACAAUGAAAAAAAAAAGUUGCUGGAAACCCUGCAAGGACAUCUUCACUGUUGUGGAUGGAGUGGAGUGGAGGAUUGGGGUCCAGACGUCCCUUCAUCAUGUCGCUGCACAUCUUCCUAUGGAGCAGGAUGUACAUCCAGCCCACAGGGAUCAUCUGUCUACUCCAAGUCCUGUGGUGAAAUUGUUGGGGAUUAUGUUGAAUAUUUCAUGAAGAUUGGUUUAUGCAUCUUUUUUGGAUUCGCUUUCGUUGCUAUGAUGGGAUUGAUCAUCUCCGCCAACAUGAUUAAUCAGAUCAGUCGUCACGACAGAGCAGGAACUCCAGCUUUUGCAAUGGGAACUUAUUGACACCCUGAUGGGUUUUAUGUCGCUCAGAUUCUUUCUUUUUGAUCUUUAUUUUUGCAAAAAUG